CUCCACUCUUCUGGGAAGGCUUUCCACUAGAUUUUGGGGCGUGGCUGUGGGGAUUUAUGAUCGUCCAGACACAAGAACAUUAGUGAGAUCAGGUACUAAUGUUGGGAUGUUGAGGAGGUCUGGGGUGCAGUCGGUGUUCCAGUUCAUCCCAAAGGAGUUCAUUGGGGUUGAGGUCAGGGCUCUGUGCAGGACACUCGGCACACCAUGUCUUCAUGGAUGUCACUUUGUGCACAGGGGCGUCGUCACGCUGGAACAGGUUCGGGCUUCUUAAUUCCAGUGAAGGGAAAUUGUAACGCUAUAGCAUACAAAGACAUUCUAGACCAUCGUGUUCUAACUUUGUGGCAGCAGUUUUGGGGAAGAACCACAUAUGGGAGUGAUGGUCAUGCGUUCACAAACUUUUGGCUAUAUAGUCUACAUAUAAUCACAUGGCUCGCAGGUUAACUGGGCUGAGCUUCCCAAGAUCAUCUCAGGACAAAAGGUUAUCAUUAAAUCGUACUUUCAUAUAUGGAAACUUUAAAAGGGUUUAGGGUACAAAAUUGAACCUUUUAGGGACACCACAUGCAUCUUUCUAGCUCAAAUAUGGGCUACAUAGUAAAGGUACAACUGAAGGUACUACACCAGUGGCAAGGAAAGGUACAGUUUAGUGCUCUCACACUCAUAGGAAAAAUAUGAUUUUGAGACAUGGGGGGUGGGGUGAUGUGUUAAAGCCAGGUGUGUUAGAGCAAAAUCAUUUAUAAAGUGCACAAAAGUGAGCACCACGGACAUAGAGAGAGAGAGAGAGAGAGAGAGAGAGAGAGAGAGAGAGAGUGUGUGUGUGUGUGUGUGUGUGUGUGUCUUCUCGUUCCAGCAGGAGAUUCCUCCCCUGUGUGAUCACGUCCCGCCCCUGCGCGCGCCACAUAAAUAGCCAGUUCCGUCAAUCUGGACUUCUCCACGUUUCAUGUAUCUCACACACCUUAUGUGAGUGUAACACAUAAGGCACACGCUUUAAGACAGUGCUCUCUGGGCUGAAAGCACGAGAAGUUUUUCAUUUCUCCCCACUCGUCAUGUCCACCGGCUCUAUCAGCGACGCGGACGAGUUCCACGACUCGGAACUGCUAGACGGUCUGCUGCCGUUCGGCUCGUGCGGGGACACGUCGGCCGGCGCGUCACGCGAAAGCGCCGAGGACAGCUCGAACGGCGAGGGAUCUGCGGCCACUGAGCUCACCGGACACGCGCCGGGCAAGCGGCGCAAAACCGCUGCGUCCUCGCGCAGACCGGUGUCCAGUGGAGGUGGAGGCGGAGGCGGCGUCGCCCACGAGGGCAAACAGGUUCAGAGGAACGCGGCGAACGCGCGCGAGAGGGCGAGGAUGCGCGUGCUGAGCAAAGCGUUCUCGCGGCUGAAGACCACGCUGCCGUGGGUACCACCGGACACCAAGCUGUCCAAACUGGACACACUGCGGCUCGCGUCGAGUUACAUCGCCCACCUGCGCCAGAUCUUAGCCAACGAUAAGCACGAGCACGGAUUCAUCCAUCCCGUUAACCUGACCUGGCCGUUCAUGGUGGCGGGGAAACCGGAAAACGAUCUUAAAGAGAUGCUGAACUCCACCAGAUUAUGCGGCACUACCGCAUCCUGAGAGGACUUUAACCCUAAAAACACGGACAAGUUUGUUUUUUAUUUUUUUUAAAUUUUUUUUAAUAGAAACAUAUUCCGGGGUUUUUUUCUAUACCGAAAGCACCGAAAGCACAUCAUCUCUUGUUCAAAAGCGAAAAGGCACGAGGUGGGAAUUAACGGAGGGACCAGUGACGCGUCUUCCUGUAGAGAGAAACUGUAUAUAUAUAUUUUUUUAUUUAAAUCAACUCGCAUUUCUUUCCUUGCUGGUUCGAGGACGUACAGUGUGUGGGUUUUAUGCAAUUUUUUUUCUAUCUAGAUGAAUCUAGCUUAAUCAUUUUUAAUGCAAAAACAUGUGUAUAUAGGCUAGUCUAUAUAGAUAAGCUUUAUGCUUUUGGUGACGUAUGUUGUCUCCAAGUGCAACUUAUUGCAGUGUAAAUAGUUUGGAAGGACAGCAUUAUAUUGAUUGUAAAUAAAAUAUUUUGAUAUUUGACAUUA